UUCCAGUUCCCGGCUAUGCAGGCGGAGAAACUCAUCAAAUCACUCAAUUUGUUCCCCAAGCACGGUGCUAACAUUCGCUCCCGCAGCGAGAGCGAUCUCGCGUCGCCGAUCGUGGAGAAGCCGGUGAGGUUCCCUUUCCUGGCUGACUCGGAGCCUUCCGUCGUCACGGAUUUGGGGCACCAUGCUGGUUAUUAUAGACUCCCUCACACUAUCGAUGCAAGGAUGUUCUAUUUUUUCUUCGAGUCGAGAAGCAGUAAGGCGGAUCCGGUUGUUAUAUGGCUGACCGGAGGGCCGGGAUGCAGCAGUGAGCUGGCUUUGUUUUAUGAAAAUGGGCCAUUCCACAUAACUAGCAACUUGUCCUUAGCAUGGAAUGAUUUUGGAUGGGAUAAGGUAUCGAAUCUUAUAUACGUCGACCAACCAACCGGAACCGGUUUCAGCUACAGCUCUGACUACACAGACAUCAGGCACAACGAGGAGGGUAUUAGCAACGAUCUAUACGACUUCUUGCAGGCAUUCUUCAAGGAACAUCCUCAGUUUAAGAACAACGACUUUUACAUUACCGGUGAGUCGUAUGCUGGCCACUACAUUCCUGCUUUCGCUGCUCGCGUACAUCAAGGGAACAAAGACAAGCAAGGGCUUCCCAUUAAUCUCAAGGGCUUUGCCAUUGGCAACGGGCUCACAAACCCCGGGAUACAGUACAAAGCGUACACUGACUACGCACUGGACAUGAAGCUGAUCCAGCAAUCGGAUUACGACCGGCUGGCGAAGCCUGUCUCGGAUUGUGAAAAUGCAGCCAAGCUCUGUGGCGCAGAGGGUGGGCAGCCUUGCUUAACGGCCUACAGUUACUGCAACCCCAUCUUCGACAGAAUAGUGAACCUCAUCGGCGGUAAAAAUUACUACGACAUAAGGAAGCAGUGUGAAGGUGACCUCUGCUACGACUUCUCCAACGUGGAGGAGUUCUUGAAGCUCGGAUCAGUGAGGGACGCUCUUGGUGUCGGGGACACAGAGUUCGUGUCGUGCAGCUCCACAGUGUACGAUGCUCUGGUGGCGGACUGGAUGAGGAAUCUUGAAGUCGGAAUCCCUGCGAUGUUGGAGGAUGGGAUCAAGCUACUUGUGUAUGCCGGAGAGUAUGAUCUCAUAUGCAAUUGGCUAGGGAACUCGAGAUGGGUGCAUGCCAUGGAGUGGUCCGGACAGAAGCAGUUUGCAGCGGCUGCCACCGUGCCUUUCUCAGUGGACGGGGCUGAGGCCGGGCAGCAGAAGGGGUUCGGGCCACUCACGUUCCUCAAGGUGCGCGACGCGGGCCACCUGGUUCCGAUGGAUCAACCAAAGGCAGCUUUGGAAAUGCUGAGGAGGUGGAUGCAGGGGAAUCUAACACAACUUGCUUAUACAGAACAAAUAUUGUAA